AUGACUCUGCAACAGCCUGCUACUGUCUCCGGCCUUGAGCACACCAUAUUAUUCGAGUAUGAAACUCUCGUGAAUAAUGUCGAGAAGAUGAACCACACUAUUAGUCAGAUGAAUGGUACCGAUGUCGUUUUGCUUGUCGAUAAACUACGGACUCUUGAGAAAAAGGCUGGACUAGUUUACACUCUUUUCAAGGCUUCUGUAUACGCUCUAGUAACAUCCAUACAAGAACUCGACAUGAACGCUGAACAGGGCACCAACAGACCGGUCUUGUAA